AUGGCCGACGACCUUGUCCAACAGCUUUUUGACUUGCACAACCAAGCGCGCCAGAGGAACGGUAUCGCGCCAUACACGUGCCUCGACUCGCAGCUCAACCAGCUCAGUUUGGACCACGUCAAGUACGAGAUCUCGAUCGACAACAUCAACCACAACGGCUUCCUCGAGCGCUGUCGACAGGUCGGCAAUGUCUUGUGCGGUGAGAACACCUUGUACGACUAUGUUGGCGACGCGGCCAAAUACACGACGAGCUGGAUGAACUCGGCAGGCCACCGCGCUAACAUUUUGAACAGCAACUUCAGGCACGCAGGCUUUGCGGUGCAAAAGGGCCCGAGCGGCAAGUGGUUUGCGACGGCGUAUUUCACCAGCACAAACCCGCGCACGGGUGUCUGCGUCAACACGACUUUGCAGCAGACUGCGACGCCGACACCGUCGACGCAAGCGCCGCAACCGACCAGUGGCACGUCGACCCCGGUGCCGACGCUACGCGCGACGCCGGCGCCGACGACGACGGUGGCCAGCGAGGUUGUCAAGCAGCUCUUCCAGUUCCACAACGAAGAGCGCGUCAAGAACGGCGUCAGGCCCUUCUCGUGCCUCAACACCAAGCUCAGCGCGCUCUCCACCGACUACGUCAACUACGUGAUCCGCGCCGGCAAGAUGAGCCACGAUGGUUUUAGCGAGCGCUGCAGGCAGGCCGGCAACAACGGCGCGUGUGCUGAAAACAUCCUCUUCAACUACAAUGGCCUUGCGCGUAACACAACGACGCAGUGGAUGAGAUCGACCGGCGCACGCACCAUCAUUCUCAGCACCGCGUAUGACAACGUCGGCUUUGCGGUCAAGAAGGCGCCGGACGGCAAGUUCUACGCGACGGCGAUGUUCACCAAGGACAGCCGCCCGUGCGCCUAA